CCCCUAGGCGGAGGCUCAGAUUGGUUUCUUCUGCGCAGGAUAGCGGGCGCAUGCGCAGAGCGCGCUCCCCAGCGGGAUCAGGACCUGUAGAGCGCCCAGAUACUUUUAUCAUAUGAAGUUGAUCAUGGCAGAAGAUGAAGACGACUAUAUGUCAGAUUCCUUCAUUAAUGUUCAAGAAGACAUCAGACCAGGAUUGCCAAUGCUAAGGCAAAUUCGAGAAGCCCGUCGAAAAGAAGAAAAGCAACAGGAAGCCAAUUUGAAAAAUAGACAGAAGAGUUUAAAACAAGAAGAACAAGAAAGACGUGAUAUUGGGUUGAAGAAUGCAUUAGGCUGUGAAAACAAAGGGUUUGCCUUGCUCCAAAAGAUGGGAUAUAGAAGUGGUCAGGCUCUUGGCAAAAGUGGGGAUGGUAUUGUUGAACCUAUUCCUCUCAAUGUCAAAACAGGAAAAGGUGGCCUUGGUCAUGAGGCGUUAUUAAAACGGAAAGCAGAGGCAAAACUAGAAAGCUACAGAAGAAAGGUCCAGGUGCAAAACCAAGCUGAAGAGAGAGCUGCAGAACAGUUUCGAAUGCGACUUAAAAAUAAACAGGAGGAGAUGAAGCUAGAAGGAGAUCUGAAAAGAAGCCAGCGAGCCUGCCAACAGUUGGAUUCCCAGAAGAAUAUUCAAGUUCCCAGAGAGGCAUGGUACUGGCUGAGGCCAGAGGAAGAGACUGAAGAAGAGGAAGAAAAGGAAGAGGAUGAAGAUGAGUAUAAGAGUGAAGAUUUAAGUGUAGUAGAAAAAUUACAAAUACUGACUAGUUACUUAAGAGAAGAGCAUUUAUAUUGCAUUUGGUGUGGAACAGCCUAUGAAGAUAAAGAAGACCUGUGUUCCAAUUGCCCAGGACCGACUUCUGCAGAUCACGACUAAAAUCAUUCCCAAUAAAGUGGAGAUUUUUCAUGCUGGUUAAAAAAAA